UCAACCUGCCCCCACUUUUACCUCUGUUCUCUUUAAAAAAUAGCUCUAUAUUUUUUUACUCAAUCUCUUCAUCUACCCCUCUCUUUCUGUCUCCCUCCAUCAACACAAUCGUCCAAUGACAGUGCUCAGGGAUAGGAAAUGGAGGGUGAUGCUAUAUUUAGAAUCAGGGCAGACUGAGGGAGAGAAGGAAGGAGAGAGAGAGGGAGGAGAUAAAUCUGCAGUCUACUGCUGCCUCAGGACAGACACAGUCAGAGACAGUUAGAGCCACAGAGCGCGCUCAAAGACCAGCAUCGCUGCUUCUCUUUUUUUAAAGCAGCCAGAUCUUAUCUGCACAGACGUUCAUUCACAGAUUCUCCUGAAGAGCUAACGAGAGAAGCCACACGCUACAGGAGCAGAGAAAAGACUUGGAUAUACACUACACCUUUUAUUACAGCAGCCAAGAGUCCCAUGUCCAAACCGGUGUCCCAGAAGAGGAGAUUACAGCUGCCCACUAUCAGCGAGGGCUACGAGGACCUGGUCAGAGACAUGAAUCAGAUGAACCAGUCCAACACCCUUCACUCUGCCCGGGAUACCGCCCACCCAGGGCCCUGUCCACACACCCUCUCCUCAGAGGACUACCUGCUGUCCAUCUGCCACCUGGCUCACCCCACCUCCCUUCACACCAAUGACAUCAUCAACCCUCGCCAGCAGGUAUCGCUGCACCAGAGGCCAAGGCUGCCACGGGUUGCUGUUCAAGAUGAAAACUCUCCAAAGACCACUGCACGUUGUCACAGGGAAAAGUCCCAUGGGAAGGACAGGCCUGGGAUGUACUCUGACUUCAUCACUGUAUGCGGCAGACAGGGGAAAGACUCCAACUGCGAUGAACCUGAAUUUGGUUGCCUUGGUGCGUCAGACCCCUUAGAGUUCCUGUACGGCAGCCCCGCUCACUCCACCUGUCAAUCAGGGAAUUGGGUUUAAGGAGACAUGGGGUGGUGUCUGAGGGCCAGUCCCACCCUCGGGCACACAGUUACCCCCGCUCUUGCCUCUCUGACCUGCCCUCUGACUUCCAGCAGAAUCGUAAGAGCAGCUGCCCUGAGUUCAGUGACACAGCAACCCCUGACUGUGGCCCCUCCCCCUCUGACCUCACCACACAGCCCCCACAGACAUGCACACCUACACAGGGAUCUGCAGAACAGCUACAGGCUAGGAUAAGUAGCCCAUUAAUAAACAAAGAAAAUAAGGGGGACGUAGAGAGGGAAAGAGAGAGUAAGGAGGAGAGAGAGAGGGAGAGCUCUACGGUCAAAAAUUCUCUGAUCUCUCAGUGGAUCUCAGAUUGUUGUUGUGUCUGGAAGGAGGCCCGUUUACGAGUUUGCAUCCUCACAGGUAUAUAGAGCUACCAGACACUGAACCUCAUCAACAGACUAUAGAUAUAUAUGACAUGAGAUGUACAAUGACAAGACACCACAGUUUCACGGUAACAGUAGAUGCCUGCUGAAUCGACACGAUGGCAAAUAGAUGCUGAUCUAUGACAAAUGGCACUGAAUCAUUGACAUAGAUCUAGCCAAUAGACUGUUCCAAAUUAGAAAUAUGGCACCAACAGACUGUUCAUUCACUAUAUAAUGUGAGAUUGAGCCAUGAAAACAACAUGAUUAUGUAUUGUGUAUCUAUGGUGUGCUUAAGGACAUUUUCGUGUUGCUGUAUACAAUUAAUACAUGACUGAUUAUACCUGCACACUUUUUUAUACCUCUCUGUGUAUCUGUAUAGUGAAUUGAUAAAAAAAUAUGUUUUUAAUACAGUGUCCGAUAAUUGUAAACCUAAGACUGUUUUCAGGGCGUGAUCAUUUGUUUGUGGGAACGUGUCAGAAACCCAAUAUCCUCUGGUUUCUAUGGCAAUGGCUGAGUGAUUCCAAAGAAGCAAACAGAGGCAUUCUGAUUCCAAGAGGGAAGAGGCAUGCAGAACAAACAACGUCCUGCUAUAUCAACAUACAGACAAAAAGGCAUAACACAAUUUGGAUAAGGGGUUAUUUCAGAUUAAAUAUGCAAACAAAACUCUCUUUACAUCAGUGAUGAUCAAUCUAUAAGUGUGUACAGGCUUUAGUGUUAGAGUUAGGGUUAUGGCUAGUGUUAGAGUUAGGGUUAUGGCUAGUGUUAGAGUUAGGGUUAUGGCUAGUGUUACAGUUAGGGUAAUGGCUGGUGUUAGAGUUAGGGUUAUGGCUAGUGUUAGAGUUAGGGUAAUGGCUGGUGUUAGAGUUAGGGUAAUGGCUGGUGUUAGAGUUAGGGUUAUGGCUAGUGUUAGAGUUAGGGUAAUGGCUGGUGUUAGAGUUAGGGUAAUGGCUGGUGUUAGAGUUAGGGUUAUGGCUAGUGUUAGAGUUAGGGUAAUGGCUGGUGUUAGAGUUAGGGUAAUGGCUGGUGUUAGAGUUAGGGUUAUGGCUAGUGUUAGGGUUAUGGCUAGAUUUAGGGUUAUGGCUAGGGUUAGGGUUAUGGCUAGAGUUAGGGUUAUGGCUAGAGUUAGGGUUAUGGCUAGGGUUAGGGUUAUGGCUAGAGUUAGGGUUAUGGCUAGAGUUAGGGUUAUGGCUAGAGUUAGGGUUAUGGCUAGAGUUAGGGUUAUGGCUAGAGUUAGGGUUAUGGCUAGAGUUAGGGUUAUGGCUAGAGUUAGGGUUAUGGCUAGGGUUAGGGUUAUGGCUAGAGUUAGGGUUAUGGCUAGAGUUAGGGUUAUGGCUAGAGUUAGGGUUAUGGCUAGGGUUAGGGUUAUGGCUAGAGUUAGGGUUAUGGCUAGAGUUAGGGUUAGGGUUAUGGCUAGGGUUAGGGUUAUGGCUAGAGUUAGGGUUAGGGUUAUGGCUAGGGUUAGGGUUAGGAUUAUGGCUAGGGUUAGGGUUAUGGUUGAGCCAGGGUGUGGACACAAAGCUAGGGUCAAGGUUGAACGGGGGUUUGGACAUGAAGCUAGGGUUAGGGUUGAGCCGGGGUUUGGGCAUGAAGCUAGGGUCAAGGUUGAGCCGGGGUUUGGGCAUGAAGCUAGGGUCAAGGUUGAGCCGGGGUGUGGACAUGAAGCUAGGGUUAGGGUUAUGGCUAACCUCUCAGGAUCUGCCAUGGCCAACCCUGGUAAGAAUGAACCAGCAGAGGCCAGCCUGAGGACUCCUGAUAAGAGACAACACUCAGACAGGUUCAUUAACCAACACUGGAAAGAAUGAACCAGCAGAGGGCAGCCUGAGGACUCCUGAUAAGAGACAACACUCAGACAGGUUCAUUAACCAACACUGGAAAGAAUGAACCAGCAGAGGGCAGCCUGAGGACCCCUUAUAAGAUAAGAGACAACACUCAGACAGGUUCAUUAAUGAUGCUACAGUUAUGAUGAUAAUUUGUAAAUAGUCUCUACAAGCAGAUCUAUAGCUCUACAUUUAUUCACUGUAUAUACAAAGCAAAUUGCUCCACUUGUAGUCAGAGAGAAGCAGGACAAAACUGUUUUCUCCACAGAAUGAGAGGAAGAGUAUUACACACGCACAAGCACACACAGGCUAAGCAUACACCACAGACAACAACUGCACUGGCAGGCAUGCGCACACACACACACACACACUGUUUGUGCAACCUGAUCAACCCCGUCCAGAAAAGGAAUGAGAUAAGGUGACUGACGUACAUUAUGUUUGUGUUUCGACUGACCUUGUGUUUUUGGACAUUUGUUAUCUAUUCAUUUCAGUCCAGUUCUUUUUAUUGGUAUUUUCUUUCACAGUGACAGUAAACAAUGCUUGAAGUACAGUACAUUGCACAUGUGGUUUUAUACAUUCGAUAUACCAUGGGAACAUGCUUUUUGAAUGAGGUAGGAAUGUAUAUGCCUGUACGAAAAUAUAAAAUACUUAAGUAAUACUUUCAUAAUAUAGUGAAUCGCUUACACAGUGACAUCCAUAAUUAGAGCAUUAAUAAUCUGCCCUCUCCUACUGGUCUGUGGGGGAAGAGAUGAUGACUCUCUAGCCAAGUGUUCCUCUGUGUUUUCAUUCUCGGUGGUUUUUGUAUAUGAAGAGGGUUUUUGCUGUGUAGUGGUUUGGAUUGGAGCUGUGGUCAGCUUUAUACUGAUGAUGCUGAUACUGAUAUCCUGCUUUUGUUUUGAGCGAGGGGAGUGUCAAGUGUCAAAUAUCAAGUGACAUUUAAGAUGUUUCCAAUGACGGCAGACAGUUACCUAUAUGGUAUUAGUCCAAAAAGAUAACAGACAAUAAAACCAAUGUAUUACUUUAAAAACAUCACUGUUUUAGUUUGACGUGUAUGCCUUUUUGAAAAUGAUUAUUGUCCUUGUUAUGGCACUGCAAUACAAACAAAGCAAACGAGUUCUAAGUAUGCCCUCAUCCUCCUUCCCAUCAUCCUCCUCCUCAUCAUCCUCCUUCACAUCAUCCUCCUUCCCAUCAUCCUCCUCCUCCUCAUCAUCCUCCUUCCCAUCAUCCUCCUCCUCAUCAUCCUCCUCCUCAUCAUCCUCCUUCCCAACAUCCUCCUUCCUCAUCAUCCUCCUCCUCAUCAGAAUGAGACAGCAGAAGCAUUGUGUACCUUUGCUCACCUAUAACUGAUGGUCCGGAUACGUACACUUUGCAUCGCUAUAAAAAAAAAUUGAAAUAUUCACUGGUAUCUAACAUAGAAGUGUGACCUGACAGAAGGCAGCCUACGGUAGAGAAAGAGAAAGAGCAGGGUUAGCUACGGCUACAUCUGCCCACAGCAAAUCUCUAAGGCCAUUUCUAUCUGAAUGGAAAACCAAGUCGGGAUGAAAAACCAAACUACAUGAGAUUUGAGAGAUAUGACACACACAUACCCUCAAAUCAUGCAUGCUGUCUCUACUGUAGCUUUAAUGGAAAGUGCGUCAAAUACCAUUUUGUUCAAAGCACUGCUUUUUAAGAACUAUGUGAACAUUUUGAACAUUCAAGACCGGAAGCACCCGUCUAAAGCCUAAUUCCAAAUCCAAACCCCUAUAGGUGGUCAUUAUGAAGUGCUCUGACAUCAUCAUGAAGUGCCUCUAGAGCAUAUGAGAGGCCCUAAUUUACUUAAAUGUAUAAAGUCAGUGUGUGACUAGUGGCUAAACGUACUUCACCACAGGCCUCCUCAGUCAGAAUGGGCUUUCCUUAGAUACUUUCCCUGCCGAAGACGUGGAUGUCGAUUAAGGCAGCCCCCCACACCUCUCUGAUUCAGAGGGGUUGGGUUAAAUUUGGAAGACACAUUUCAGCUGAAUGCAUUCAGUUGUACAACUGACUAGGUAUCCCCCUUUCCUUUCCAGUGUUGACCAUGUGGAGAUGUCAUUCUCAUCUCAUUCCAUUGUUUCAGUUGGUCAAAGCACGGUGCUUGCGUACGUCACCAAAGUUAUGGGUUUGAUCUUGCAUACACAUACACUGAAACCGGCAAUCUGUGUUAUAUGUGAAGCUUUGAAUAAAAGUGCCUGCUAAAUGACCUUAAUGUUUACUUUAACAUUGCGCUAUAUCAGCUGGCCAUAUGUCUCUUUCCCCACUCUCCCAUAACCUUGGUGUUGGUUGACCUCCAGAGACAUCAGGCAUCUCAUUUGACUUUCUCUAAACUGUCAUGUCACUUCCUGUGAAACUCCAUCUACACUUCACUUCCCAUAGCGUGUUCCAGACUCCUUUUCACCCAGGAUGGCACCAAAAAAGACAUUCAAUUUAAGUCCAGAACUGCGCUCACUCUGCAACUACAGACCAAAAACAGGAUCUGAAACUAACGUUUCC